AUGGUUGAGGAGAUUGUGAUCCAACUAUUAUUGCAACUCAUUGUUGUAGUUGGUCACCUAGAGAGUAUUAAGUCGCGAAAGAGAAAACGAUGUUUAGGACGAGGGCCUUAUGCUAUAUUGGCUCGCAUCCCCGAUCAAGUUAAACACAUGAAUAGACUUGUUAAUGUUAGUUACGUUGAUUGUAUUGCAAAUCUACGCAUGGAUCGCAAUACAUUUGGUCGUCUUUGCCACCUGUUGAGGCAAUUGGGGGGUCUUAAGGAUGGCAGGUACGUGAGUAUUGAAGAGCAGGUUGCUAUGUUCCUCUCCGUACUUGCACAUCACAAGAAAAAUAGGGUCGUAAAGUUUGAUUUUUGGAGAUCGGGGUGUACUAUCUCCACGUACGUUCAUGCGGUCCUCAAGGCUGUCCUAUCACUUCAUAUAUUGCUAUUCGUUAGACCACAACCUGUCGCGGAUGACUGCGUUGACAACCGAUGGAGAUGGUUUAAGGGUUGCUUGGGAGCUUUAGAUGGUACAUACAUCGACGUGAAGGUAUCUAACGAAGAUAGGCCACGUUAUAGGACACGAAAGGGCCAUAUCUCCACUAACACAUUGGCCGUUUGUGAUCGAUACCUCAAGUUUGUAUAUGUCCUUCCCGGUUGGGAGGGCUCGGCAGCGGACUCGCGUAUUCUACGCGAUGCACUUAAUAGGACUCACGGGCUGCGCGUGCCGAAGGGAAAUUUCUAUCUCGUUGAUAAUGGAUAUGCCAAUUGUGAAGGCUUUCUUGCGCCUUAUAAGGGAGUACGCUAUCACUUGAAGGAGUGGGGCCCGGUGGGGGCACGUCCACAGAAUUCUCAAGAGCUGUUCAACCUAAGGCACGCAAAGGCCCGCAAUACCAUUGAGCGUCUCUUUGGUGUCAUGAAGAUGAGAUGGGGGAUUCUGCGUAGUGCAUCAUACUACCCAAUCAAGAUUCAGACAAGAUUAAUCAUGGCGUGCUUCGUCUUGCAUAACUUUAUUCGGGGAGAUAUGCUUGUCGACCCCAUUGAAGAAGAAUUUGACAAUAUGCUUCCUGAAACCACCGAAUUUGAGCCGGAGCACGGGGAGUUUGUCGAUAUUGUUGAGCCCUCUCCUGAGUGGACUGCAGCGAGAGACGAACUUGCACGUUCGAUGUGGCAGCAAUAUGUUGCUGGUUAAUUGUUUGUCGGUUCUUUGAAUAUUGAAUGUGGGAUUUCCCAUUAUGUUUUUGUUACUAGGAUUUGCAAAACAACUGCCCUGUUGAAAAAUUCAUGU